GAAUUCUGAUCCAAUCCUUCUUGCUCUCUUUACUUGCGCUUUCGGUUACCGUCGUUCGAAUCCUUUGCUCGUUCUAGGGUAUUAGCAUAAUUCUCUCGAUUCCGACGUCGGACCUGCUGCUGUGGUCUUGCAUCUUCGCGAAGGCAGCGAUCAAUUUUCGAAGAUGAAGAUUUUUGUCAAGACUCUCAAGGGCUCACACUUCGAAAUCGAAGUUCAGCCUGCAGAUACGGUUGCUGAUGUGAAGAAAAACAUAGAAACUGUUCAGGGUGCUGAUGUUUACCCUGCAGCACAGCAGAUGCUUAUCCAUCAAGGGAAAGUCCUUAAAGAUAGCUCAACACUGGAGGAAAAUAAAGUUGCAGAAAAUAGUUUUAUUGUAAUAAUGUUAACAAAGAAUAAAAGUUCAUCAGGUGGGACAUCUUCUACCACACAUGCUGCGCCAGUAGCAAAGGCACCACAGAGCACUGCCCCUGCACCUGCUGCUACUCCAGUGUCAACUACUGAAGUUCCAUUACCAACUUCAGCACCGCCUGCUAGUGUUACUGCUUCUUCUCCUCCCGCUCCCUCUCCCACUCCUGUUCCUGUUCCUGCUCCUGCUCCUGCUCCUACUCCUACUCCUACUCCUACUCCGGCUGCAGCUCCAGCUCCAUCUCUUGCAACUACUGUUUUGCCGGAUGCCGAUGUCUAUAGCCAAGCAGCUUCUAACCUGGUUGCUGGUAGUAACUUGGAGGAGACUGUCCAACAGAUUCUUGACAUGGGCGAAGGGGUUUGGGACAGGGACACUGUUGUUCGGGCGCUCCGUGCUGCUUACAACAAUCCAGAAAGGGCUGUUGAUUACCUUUAUUCUGGAAUACCUGAACAAGUUGAAGCCCCACCUGCUCGAGUUCCGUCUACCGUGCAAGCAAGCAACCCUUCUGCUCAACCUGCACAGCCAGCCCAACCUGCAUCUGCGCCGUCAUCGACUGGCCCAAAUGCUAAUCCAUUAGAUCUCUUUCCUCAGGGCUUGCCUAAUCUUGGUUCCGGAGCUGUUGGUUCCGGCAGUCUUGAUUUUCUACGAAAUAGUCCUCAGUUCCAAGCUUUGCGAGCAAUGGUCCGAGCUAACCCUCAGAUACUCCAGCCUAUGCUUCAAGAGUUGGGUAAACAAAAUCCUCAGCUGAUUAGGCUUAUUCAAGAUCAUCAACCUGACUUCCUUCGCUUGAUUAAUGAGCCCCUCGAAGGAGAAGGGAAUAUACUUGGGCAGCUAGCUGAGGCUAUGCCCCAGGCUAUAACUGUAACCCCGGAGGAGCGUGAAGCCAUUCAACGGCUUGAGGAUAUGGGUUUCGACAGAGGUCUAGUUGUGGAGGUUUUCUUUGCAUGCAACAAAAACGAGGAAAUGGCUGCCAACUAUCUUUUAGAUCAUAUCCACGAAUUUGAGGGUAAUCAGAACUAAGUCCCGAUUCUCCUUCCAAUUUUAAUAAGCCCACCAAAAAAACGAAGGAAAAAGAAAAGUGAAAGAAAAAAAAGGUAUAUGAAAAAGACAGCGAAUCCAACAUCAUCUAAACAAAAAGGAAAGAAUCUGUAUUUAUCCGUCGUGCUUCCCUCUUUAAAUCUGUCUUUUAUCUUUUUUCGCCCUUUGGCAACAUUGUGAAUUGUGUUUGCUGUGAACAUAGAUGUGAAGAUGCGUUUUAUCCUUCUCUCUC